UUCAAGUUCUGGGUGACAGUUGGGCGGGUGUGUGGAUGGAACCCGAGUUGUGAUUGGCUGCUGGUAACCAGGUCACCACAGGAUGCAUUCCAGUUGGCUGGUGCCAGCCAGGUGCUUUCAGUUAGUAGGAGGUGGCUGAAGGAAGGAAAGCACUGACCUAACCUCUGGCAGUGGCUUUGCUUCUCAGCACUUUUGGGAUCUCUACCCUUUCUGGCUCACAGAGGACGAAUCAUCUUAGCGGUGUUGGGAAAAGGGGGUCAAGGGUGGGGCCUGCCUGCUGGACAGAGACGAAAGUACAGGGACAGCAAGAGAGCCCUUCUCUGCAUUGUUGAGCUGGUCAAUUGGGGGCUGAGUAAAGCUGCAGUGACACCCUAUGGGGAACAUUCUGACCUGUUGCGUGGCCCCCAAUUGUGGCCAGUGCAAACGCAAAGGGUCAGUGGAGUCAGACUGCUACUCUGAGGUCUAUGGAGAUGCGGGGGCACAAGUAACUGCUCCCCGCAAGACCAAGAAGUUUUCAAAGGGAGCCAGUGAUGGUCACCACCAGGAAUAUAUCCAUUACUGGAAGAUGCCCAAAGAAGGAGCUUCGAAAUUAAACCCUUCUGAUGAUCCAAAGAUAGGCACAAUUUUCCUGAGCAAAUCUCACACAUACGUGCAUGACCAGAGGAACAACACCCAUCUCAAGCAUGGCUUUGGGCAACACCUGGGGGCCAAAUCUCUUGGACAGCCUGAUAUCAGAGAAAAAGCUCCUCAACCUCUGCCUGAAGAAUACAAUCAAAGCUGCCUGCUUUCCAGAAACUGUUCAUCAUACAGUGUUUCGUCCACUAAUGUCUAGGUCUCAGCCAUGAUGUACUUGAUAUCUCUAAGUUUUAAUGUCUAUAGAAUAUAAUAUCUGCAUAGCACCUGCAGAGAUGGAGGACAGGUGUACAAUGGCUCUACAUUCAUUUCCUAUGGUUUUUCAUGGCCUCUGCUUCACAUUUUAUGCCAAGGUGCUCUGUGCCUCGGAGUGUCCUAAUAUUUUCCCAUGUGAGUUAACAGUAUUUAACUUACAGUUUUCACACAUCAAAAAUGAUGUCCAUUCUGGAUCCAGGUCUCAUGUGUAACAUUUAUUUUAUCCUUUAGUUCAAAUAAUAUAUCAGGAGCAAGUUGAACUAGCUGCAUGUUCAAUCAAUCCACCAUUUUUAACUUAAUUAAAACUUGCAGUUCAAGUGUAAGUAUGUCUUAGUUACCUAUUUAUUGCUGGGACAAAAUACUCAACACCCACAAGUUAAAGGAGGUAAGGUGUCUUUUAGCUCACAUUUUGUAGAAGUUUUAGUCCACAGUCAUCUGGCUCCAAAGCAAGAAGUCAUGGCAGAGGAACCUGAGAGCGGAUAUACACUGCAUGGAAUGGCAGGUAAGAAGCAGCAAGACUUCUUCCUCCUUUCAGUUUUUAUUUAAUUCAGGCUAUAAGCCUCUUGGUUGGUGCCACCCAAACCCAGGUGCAUCUUCUCUCUCCAUUAAGCCCAUCAUUCACACCCAGAACUAUGCUAAUUAUCCACACAGAACUAUGCUAAACCAUUCAGUGAACUAAUUCAGUAUCACACACCCAUGAUUCACUGACCUCCUCAGAAGUCUCUAGACUGUAAGCACUAGAGGGUUUAAAGAAACGUCUAGUAUAAGCAAUAACCAAAUGUAUUUAAAUUAAAUACAUAUAAUGGUAUUAACUUGGACCCUUAAAUUAAAUACAUAUAAAGGUACUAACUUGGACCCUUAAAAGUAUGUAUCUCCAAUAUAUUAAGGAUUCCUUUAACUUGUAGAUGUCAGAUGAUUUCUUCCAGUGAAGAGAAAGUAGCUAACACAGAGUUUGGUGCUGGUGGUGGGGUUAUUGCUGUGCUGCUGCUACCUGACCAUAUGGUUCAGAAGCCUUUAUAAGUGGCAUGUAAGAUCAUUUGGAAAGGUCUAGAGAUACCAGCUGUGUAUUUUUUAUUACAACUGAAAAAAGUGAAAAGAAAAAACAGUUUUAAACUGGCUAGUGGGAGAGUAAUAGGAAAUGUAAAGUGUGUGUGUGUGUGUGUGUGUGUGUGUGUGUGUGUGUGUGUGUUACAUUUGCAGAAAAUAAGUUUGCAUUUUGCUCAUAUCCAAAGGCUUUGUCAAAGGCUGAAAUUAAAUUAAUCUGGUUGAAGAAAUUUCAAGGCAGUUCAAUGUUAAGGUACUGGCAUGGUUACUGUUGAUGGCUUUCAUCCAGAUCUAUGUUGAGAGCAAAUGGCCCAAAAGAAUAUUUAAAAUGUUUUGAGUUUGUCCAGAAAGAGACUAUUUUGAGAGGAUAAUUCAGUGUCUGGAUAUCUAAGACUUUUAGGGUUACUUGGACCACUGUGUAAGUUUGUUUGCAUGUCUUCUGUCUCUCUGGUUGCACACUGUUACGUGGUUCUGGCUGACUUUUGCACACAAAAUACACACAGACACAAACAUGUGCCAUGACAUCUCAUCUGGAUAGGCUUUUUAAAACUAAAAAUAGAUGAAAGUUCUUGAAAUACUUACGAGGAAGGUUGGAGGAGCAUCUCCAGGUAGCUCUAAUGCUUGAGAUUUGUCAAGGGAAACCUAAAUAAUUCAACAUAUUAAUAUAUUUUAGUGUGGCAGCACAGGAAGAAAAUUGGGACAAUCUGAGCUGGACAAAGUGAACUAAAGAAGAAGAAAAACGAUGCUUGAAUAGACUUUGUAAAUGUCACAUUAAUUUUUAAAAUGCAAUUUAUUUUUAUUAUUGCAGUUCUUAAAUGAGAAUACCUCAUUGUUUCCAGACUUCUGCAUUUUUAUUUUUUGACAAAAGAGGUAUCACUUUGGUCCUCUAUCACAGAUGUUCAGCAGGCUGUGUAAUUGCCAAAAAGAUCAGAUUUGGUAGUGUAAUUAUUUUUGUUUUCCUAACUUUGUUGUUAAGUGUGAAUGCAUGAAUCUGUUUGAAUCGUUAUGGUAAUGGACUACUCCUACUCACUUACAGCAAAGAAUAAUUGUUUUCCAUUUCAUAAGUGAAGUUGUUUUCAAGGUUAAGUGAUUGACAUUACUGCAUAUUAGAUAAGUGUAUGUCAAAAACAAUGUCUGUGAUAGUAUAUAUUGUGUGUACUAGGGGGUAUACAUAAGCCAGAAUGAUAGACAUUUAGUGUUUUACAAUUUUUUUCUUUUAAAUUUUAUGAUUAAGCAUCACUUAGAAAUGUUUAUGAAUUUUUUUGCUAUUCUAGUUAUCUUUAAAAAUGGGAAAAUGGGGCGUGGACAGUUUCAUUCUUAAAUUCUUGAUCUGAAUUCACCUGUGGACCAAUUGUACUCACCCAGAUGUGCUGUGUGUUGUUGAUAUCACCAGACAGAUUGUCUAACCAUCUCAGAAUGUUCAUAUACUUAUACAAAAUGGGUCAUGCCUUUAAGGUCUUUCCCAUGCUGAGGAAAA